GAACAAAGCGGAACAAAACAGGCUAGGCCGGGGCCUCCCAACUCGUGCCGGUGCCGCCCCGGGUGGCGCCCCGGCCGGGAGACUGCCCCGGGGGCGCCAGGGGAGGGCGAGGACACGGGCCAACUGUACACCCGGCCCGGCCCGGGGACCGACCCGGCCCUGCGCUGCCUGCCCCGCCGGCGCCCUGGGGCUCCGCGGCCACAGCGCAGACAGACCCCGAGGGGCGAGGCCAAGGACCGAGGGCAGAAUGGGGGAGCGGCGGUGCCUGACUUUCAGUGUCUAUCCAGCCUAUUCGCAUUUUGAUAGUGGGGGUCCGCAGAAUGCUAGACCUUGCCCUCCCAUCCCCUGCUGCAGAAGACCUUGCACUUUUGAAGAGUGGAAUGGCCCACUGCUUCUUUAUUUUGUAUACAGCCUACUCCAGCAUGGACAUGUGAAAUUUCCAAGAAAGUGGAACAACAGAGAAGUGUGUGGAUAUGCAUGUGUUCGACUAUGGCAGAAGAAUAGGUGGCAAGGAUAUUUGGCAAAGAUGAUAGAAAGUAUAGACAACGGAAAAACAGGGGAAAAGAAAGUGGGAACUCUGAACUUAGAAGAUUUAAGACUGCAGAUAGUACCAUGAGGCACCAGCUCUUUGCCCUGGAAGCAAACCCUCUUUGGGAAGAGGAGAUAUUGGUAUCACAGUUUCCCUGCCCUUUUCCUUCAAAACACAUUGAAACAAAAGUUAUUUUGCAGUGGGAUACAUGAUUGAAGACUUUUGACUUUAGUAGAAGUUUUGAUGAUUGAUGGAAUGUGGUUGCAAAUUCUGCAGGUUUUUUUUUUUUUGUGAUUGCUUUGGAAUUUUCUUUAGUAGUAGGUUAAACUUGAACCCAUUCUGAAAGCAUAUCUACCCUAACAAGAACAUCAUUAUAAUUAUAGCAUUUGGUCAUGUGAAUAAAAUCAACCUGUAUGUUAACAAAAGGACUCAUUAUAUUUGCUGCCAUCUUGGUCUUGAUGGGUUUCCCAACAUUAUGUACCUGUCAGAUGAGGCAGGUACAACAAUUUCGUGGGGUUAUUAAAGGAAAAUUUAGAACUUACCAAACAGUUUUGGAAUGCAGCAACACUAGUUUUCCAGUUGCUCAUAUGCAUUAUGCCCUGAAGCACAGAAGCAGUGUAAGGAAGGAUAACAUUAGAUGCAAAUGGUCUAGUCUUGUAGAAGAGCCAGGACUUGCAGAGUGGUUGAUAGAUCUAGCCAUCUGCCCUGGCACUGAACCCUUUGGAUCCAUGAACUUCCAGUCUUAUGCCCUGGGGAAAUUUUUCCACUCAUUUUUGGAACCCCUGACUUGUUGACAAACUAUCCUUUAUUGGGUCAGUGACUGCAGACUCAAGUAGUCUACUAUUAUAGCCAGCCCUAAAACAGGUAAAAUAAAAAGGCCUUAGUGAAUAUAUUUAUAAGAAUACACCCUGGUCAUCUUUUUUCCAACUGCCAGUACCUAGAUCUAAAGGUGAAUAGGAUCAAAUUAGGGGCAGUAGUGCCACUUGGUAGUUAAAUAUAUCAAAUCAUUAUAAUGAUAGUGGGUUUGCUUGAUUUAUACCUCUUAUUGGGGAAAGCUUCCAGUGUUUCUCCAUUACAAAUGUUAUCUCGGUUUUAGAUAAAUGUUUUUGACAAUAUCAGGGAUAGGUUCUUUCACCCCUAUGCAGUUCCAUGUUUUUAAUAUAGAAUAUGUGCUACACUUUAUUAAAGACCU